AUGAGUCCGACAGAGAUCGCUGAAGGACAAACCCUUAAACGUCAGAAAAGGGUAAGAAAAGAAAAGAAGGUGUCUCCCAACAGAUGUGAAUUCUAUAUUGAACAAAAGAGGCGCCAGUGUGCCAUGCAAAGGAAGAAGGGCCAUAGGUUCUGUUCAGAGCAUAUGAUCCAUGAUGAGUCUUCGGCAGCUCUGGAGGUCAAGGGAGAGAGAGUGCCGUGUCCGUUAGAUCCAAAGCAUACGGUGUGGCUUCAGGAUUUGGACCAGCACCUUAAGAAGUGUAACGCUAAGCCAAAGGACCACCAUGAUUCAUGGUACGUGAAGAACUUCAAUACGAAGUAUGGGGAGGACGAUAAGGUGACGAAAGAAGAGACGAAACCACCUGGACCAGCUGACUUUGAGAAGCUUACUUCUAUUAUUAAGGCAUACCAAGCUAACCGUGAGCCUCUUAAGCAUAAAGAAAGUUCUCACUCUGGUCUUGAUUCAUGGCUAGAAGAGAAGGAGAACCAGAAACACAUUCUACAACAACUGUCUUUGGUGGGAAAUAUGAAAGAGAAUGGUCUUCUAUCUACAUCAGCAACUUAUAUCGAGUUUGGGUGUGGAAAAGCUGAAUUAUCGAGAGCUGUCAAUGCCUGUAAUCUUCAUGAUGAUACUGAUCUCAAAGAAACCUACGGGUUUGGUUUGAUCGAUCGAGGAACUAACAGAAUGAAGAUGGAUAGUAAGAUCAUUAAGGAUUGCCAGGAUAAAGAGACCAAGCUUUUGCCCAAGAUCAAGCGCUCCAGGAUAGACAUUGAGCAUCUUCAACUAGACAAUUUCCUUGAGAGCGAAAAGCCAGACCAAAUUGUUUGCAUAUCUAAGCAUCUUUGUGGUGUGGCAACAGAUUUGACCCUAAAACUGCUUCUCCACUCAUCGCUUCUCCUGGAUGGGAAGUUUCACGGUCUUCUAGUGGCUAUGUGCUGCCGCCAUGUUUGUCAUUACAGCCAAUUGCUUCCAGAAUCAAGGAACUACUUGACUCAGCAUGGUGUCACUAACGAGCAGGACUUUGUGACGCUCAGAAGAAUGGUAACUUGGGCAGUUUGUGGAAACAGAGGAGAGACCACCACUGCUCACGAAAGUGGAUUAUUAUCUAGCGAAAGAGAAGAAUUGGGGUUGGCAGCUAGAAGAAUGAUAGACGAGAGCAGAGUUCACGCUGCUCAGAAAGCCAUGCCCCAAUAUAAUGUCGAGCUCUUCAAGUACACCGAUAAGUCGAUUACCUUGGAGAACUCGUGCAUCUGCAUUACAAAAAAGCACUGA